UUCAUCUAAGCACGCACGUGCAGCGUCUUGUUGGGAGGUGUGUGGUGUAAAAUUGUUUCGGUCUUUUUAUCCAUCUUUUUUGAUUGAAUUUGUGGAGUGAUUAUGGCUUUAGGAACCGACGUAAAUGAAGUUGUUAAAACAAAAGUGAAAAAUAAUGAAGAUGUAUCAAAAGAUGAUUCAAGUAUUAAUAAAGAUAAGAUAAAUUCAAAUUCUAAUGGAAAAGAAGGGAGUACUGAACAAAUAAGUAAUGAGCAUAAGACAUUAAAUGGAUAUACAAAUGGCACAGAAGACGAAACGCAAAAGACCGAAGAAAAUGUGGUUAAUGGAGUAUCAGAAGAUGGUGAAGAUGACAAAAAAGAAGAACAAGAAGUGGUAUUUAUACAAGAUUUGGGAUUUACAGUCAAAAUAGUCAGUCCAGGAACAGAGCCUUUUGAUAUACAGGUAUCAAGUAUGGAGUUAGUUCAAGAAAUUCAUCAGCUUUUAAUGGAUAGAGAAGAUACAUGUCAUCGAACUUGCUUUUCAUUACAACUUGAUGGAAACACUCUUGAUAAUUUCGCUGAAUUAAAAAAUAUUGAGGGUCUUAAAGAUGGCUCAAUAAUUAAAGUGGUUGAAGAACCAUAUACAAUGCGUGAAGCACGUAUUCAUGUACGACAUGUUCGUGACCUUUUAAAGUCUUUAGAUCCGACGGAUGCAUACAAUGGUACUGAUUGUAAUUCACUUGCGUUUUUGAAUACGAUCACACAAGGUGAUAUUUUGGAAAAGAAGAAAACACGUCCAGAAAGUGUUGAUUGUACACCACCUGAUUACAUUAUACCUGGAAAUAAAGAUCGACCUUUGUUACCUUUACAACCACAAGCAAAAGAUCAAAAAGGUCCUCAAUGUAUAAAAGUUUUAACAACAUCUGGCUGGAAUCCACCACCGGGCUAUCGAAAAAUGCAUGGAGAUCUCAUGUAUUUGCAUGUAGUGACCUUGGAAGAUAAACAUUAUCACAUAUCAGCUUGUUCAAGGGGUUUUUAUAUCAACCAAUCAACAGCUGAAGAAUUUAACCCCAAAGCUGGAUCACCCAGUCAUUUAUGUCAUUCUCUAAUAGAAUUGUUAUCACAAAUAUCACCUGGAUUUAAAAGGAAUUUUUCUCUUUUACAAAAGAAAAGAACUGCACGACAUCCAUUUGAAAGGGUAGCAACACCCUAUCAAUUAUAUGCUUGGGCUGCACCACUUUCUGAACAUACAAUUGAUGCAAUUCGUGCUGAAGACACAUUUUCAUCAAAACUAGGCUAUGAAGAGCAUAUUCCUGGCCAAACUCGUGAUUGGAAUGAAGAAUUACAAACCACAAGAGAAUUGCCUAGACGAAAUCUUCCUGAACGUUUACUUCGAGAGCGUGCUAUUUUUAAGGUUCACAGCGAUUUCGUUGCAGCUGCAACAAGAGGGGCAGUAGCUGUUAUAGAUGGAAAUGUAAUGGCUAUAAAUCCGGGUGAAGAACCAAAAAUGCAAAUGUUUAUUUGGAAUAAUAUAUUUUUUUCAUUGGGCUUCGAUGUACGUGAUCAUUACAAAGAAUUAGGAGGAGAUGCUGCUGCACAUGUAGCACCUCGCAAUGAUUUACAAGGAGUUCGUGUCUAUAGUGCUGUUGAUCUGGCUGGAUUGUACACUUUAGGUACAGUUGUAAUUGAUUAUCGAGGAUAUCGUGUUACCGCACAAUCGAUAAUACCAGGAAUAUUAGAACGUGAGCAAGAACAAAGUGUUGUGUAUGGUUCGAUUGACUUUGGAAAAACCGUUUUAACAAAUCCUAAAUACUUAGAACUUUUAAAUAAAGCUGGACAACAGUUAAAAAUAUUACCUCAUAAUGUGUUCAAUGAUAAAGGAGAAUCAGUGGAAUUAUGUUCAAGUGUUGAAUGUAAAGGAAUUAUAGGAAAUGAUGGACGCCAUUAUAUUUUGGAUUUAUUACGUACUUUCCCACCGGAUGUUAACUUUUUAAAAUUGGAAAAUGAAACUUUAAGCAAAGAAGUAACUGCUUUAGGCUUCCCAUUAGAACAUAAACAUAAAUUAUGUUGUCUUCGUCAAGAAUUAAUUGAUGCAUUCGUUGAUUCUCGUUACAUGAUGUUCAUAAAAUAUGCUGCGUUCCACUUGCAACAACUCAGUAUAAAAAAACAAGAAGAAAAAAAUUCUAAACAAAAUAAGACUGAAAAACAAAUAACAAAUAGCAAUAUUGAAAAAGAGAAUGAUAUGGAACAAAGUGAAUUAGAGGCUGCUGAAGCAAAGAAAAUUGUUGAAAGUAUUACAGAUGGAAAUAAACAAGAAUUGGAAGAAAGUACAAAGGAAAUAGUACGUACGGCUGCAUUGGCUGUGGGUUCCUUGAAAGAUACCGAAUUUGAUAUACGUUUCAAUCCCGAUGUAUUUUCACCAGGAAUUAAUCAUGAUGAUUCUACAGGCGCAAGCAUUACAAAACAACGUCAAUUGGUUAAAGAUGCAGCAGACUUUCUACUUACAGUACAAAUACCAACAUUUAUUCGUGAUUGCCUUGAUCAUUCAUCAGCGCCUAUGGAUGGUAUUACAUUAUCGGAUGCGCUACAUAGUCGUGGUAUAAAUAUUCGAUAUUUGGGCAAAGUAGCGACACUCUUAUCAAAAGUCAAACAACUUGAGUAUUUGCAUAGUAUUGCUUGUGGUGAAUUAUUACUUCGCGCAGUAAAACACAUUUUCACACAAUACAUGCAAAGUACAGAAUUAUUAAAUUUAGCAGCGGCUGUAUCACACUUUUUAAAUUGCUUUUUAUACGCUGGAAGUGUACCUUCUCCUCAAUUGGGUGUUGAUGAGUCUCGAACAUCCAAACGACGUAAUAAAAGAAAAGGACGUGGGAAUGGUACAGUUUCUCAACCAGAAGGAAAUGAAUGGGCUAGUUUAACACCACGUGGUUUAUGGAAUCAAAUACGUAGUGAAUUAAAAUCAUAUUAUGAUUUUGAAUUAUCUGGUGAUAAUAUAGACGCAAUUGUACAAAAUUAUUCGUUACAAAAAAUAUCAUUAUUACGCUCGUUUUGUGUUAAAACCGGUUUGCAAAUUUUAUUACGUGAAUAUAAUUUUGAAUCGAAAAAUCGUGUUACAUUUUUUGAAGAAGAUAUUUUAAAUAUAUUCCCAGUUGUAAAACAUAUUAAUCCACGUGCAUCAGAUGCAUACAAUUUUUAUACAACUGGUCAAAGUAAAAUUCAACAAGGUUAUUUAAAAGACGGAUAUGAAUUAAUUACAGAAGCACUUAAUUUAUUAAAUAAUGUAUAUGGGGCUAUGCAUCCAGAAAUUGCACAAUGUUUACGAAUGAUUGCUAGGUUAAAUUAUAUUAUGGGUGAACAUGCCGAGGCCAUGGCAUACCAACAAAAAGCUGUUUUAAUGUCUGAAAGGGUCAAUGGUAUUGAUCAUCCGUAUACAAUCACAGAAUAUUCUCACCUGGCCUUAUACUGUUUUGCUAAUAGUCACGUUAGUUCCGCAUUGAAACUUCUAUAUAGAGCACGUUAUUUGGCGUUACUAGUUUGUGGUGAAAAUCAUCCAGAGAUAGCACAACUUGAUAGUAACAUCAGUUUAAUAUUACACGCAGUUGGAGAAUAUGAAUUAUCUUUACGUUUCUUAGAGAAAGCAUUAGCUUUAAAUAUUAAAUAUUACGGUGCAAAAUCAUUAAAAGUAGCAGUUAGUUAUCAUUUAGUAGCACGAACCCAAAGUUGUAUGGGUGAUUUUCGUUCAGCACUUAAUAAUGAAAAAGAAACAUACGCCAUUUACAAACAACAGUUGGGUGAAAAUCAUGAAAAAACUCGUGAAUCAUCUGAAUGUUUACGUCAUUUAACGCAACAAGCAGUAGUUUUACAGAAAAAAAUGAAUGAAAUAUAUACUGGAAAAGCUGGUGCCUCAUUACCUCCAAUACAAAUUCAACCACCAUCAAUGGGUUCAGUACUCGACAUGUUAAAUGUUAUAAAUGGAAUUCUUUUUGUACAAAUUAGUCAACAAGACAUUGAAAAUUUUAAAGCUGAAAUAGAAAAACGACAGGCAGCUGAAAAAUCACCACUUAAAGAAAUUGAAGACAGUACAGAAUCCGAUAAUACAGAAAACACAACAAGUAAUCCACCAGGAGCUAUAGAAGUGGAACCGAUAUCUAGUUGAAGUAGAAGCGUAUAAUAUUUUACCAUUCAUGAAUUUUAUUUGUAAAACUCAAGUACUGUAUAGUGUUAUUAUUAUUAUUAAUUAUUACUGUCCUUGGUUAGUGAAUCGUUAUUUUUGUGUAAAUAGCACAAGUUAGUCGCGCACAGGUGCUAAAAUUAUUCAUGAAAACAAACAAUAUAUAGCCCCUACAAUACCUCAUUUUAAAAAUUAUGUAUGCUAGUCGAUGAAGAUUUGUUGCAAUAUAUUUAGAUAUUUAUAUUUUAUAGCGCAAAUAUUUAAAUAAAAUGGCGUUUGUUAUAUUUUAAAACAUAUCAACAUGUUAUGUUGUGUUGUACACUUGCAAGGCUUAUAUUAAACGAGGCGUCAUCAUUCACACUGUAAAGCCUUUGAUGUACAAAGCCUAAAAUUUAUUUAGCCAGCCUUAGUAUUUAAAUAAUAAACAAAAACAAUUUUUAGUGAUAUUUUUAAACCAAAAAUUGUAACCAUUAAUUAUUAGAUUUUGUAAGCAUGUGCAUCGAUUUAUUCAAAUGAAACAUAUUUUUUGUUGCAUAACAUU